AUGCAGCACCCAAGCCACCCUCAACAUGAGCUACGAUUUUCCAAGAAGACAAGGUGGUGCCCAUUUCCCUGUGAUGCAUGUGGUGCCACUGAGGAAGGGGACUCCUACACCUGCACCCUCUGUGACUACUGGAUACAUGAGAGAUGCGUGCUCCUUCCUGAGUCUAAGGACUUCCCUCAUCAUCACCACUCUCUCUCCCUCGCCUUUUAUCCUUCCCCUGAGUACAUCCGAUAUGAAUUUGUUUGUGGUAUAUGCAGCACAAAUUUGCCAUUGAGACAUUGGGUCUAUCAUUGCGUCCUUUGUAGAUAUGUCGUCCAUCUCAACUGCGCCACCUCCACAUUUGAUACUAAAAAUGAAAAUGCAAAUACAAUUGAUGAUGAGAAAGAUGGUACCAAGUUUCCAAUAGCAGUAGAAGACAUGUAUGAGGAGAUGAUCAGGUUCGAAAUAGACAUCAAGUGUGCUUCACUGCCCGACACCAUAAAACACGCAUCUCACCAGCGACAUAACUAUCUGAAGCUAGUCAAAGCUGAUGAUUUCAGAUGUGUGAUGCUACCGGCAACAAAUAAGCAUAGAUUGGAGAAUCAUUUGUUGCCGUUGACAUAUGAUGCCUGUGUUAAUCGUCCCGGUGAUUUCUACUGCAGCAACUGCGAGGUCCAAAUGGAGCCCACGAUGUGGAUGUAUCACUGUCGUGACUGCGAUCAAUCAUUUCAUCCUAGAUGCUUUCCUGCUACAUCGGGUGAUUACAGAAACAUCAAAUAUGGAACACAAUAUGUGAUUUCCAAUAUCCAUGAUCAUCCUCUUAGAUUUCAAAUCAUAUCCAAGAAAAAGAAAUGUGGCCUAUGCCAUCGAGAUAAGUAUGAUUGGCCUGGAUUUCAAUGUGUGUCGUGCUUCUUUGUAGUGUGUAAAGCAUGCGGUAAAGGGCCAUCUUAUUCACAUUGA